CUUUAUUAACGCUAACAGGUCAAACCUGUUUGGUGGAGCUCACUUUGUUAGACCUAUCACAGAGUAAACGGAGUUAGACUGUGGAUCUUCUAUCGGCUCCCCACACUUUCUUUCAUUUCCUUGGAAGAACUGUCAAAAUACUAAGCUUGGAACUGAAGUGGCAACAACAUGGCUGAAGCCCACCAGGCUGUGGCGUUCCAGUUUACGGUCACUCCAGAAGGAAUUGACCUUCGUCUGAGCCAUGAGGCACUUAAACAGGUCUACCUCUCAGGACUGCGGUCAUGGAAGAAGAAACUAGCUCGACUCAGGAACAGUUUCAUCACAGGAGUUUAUCCAGCCAGCCCUUCCAGUUGGCUCUUUGUGGUAAUUGCAAUUAUGGGGACCAUGUAUGCUCGUGUGGACCCAUCAAUGGGGAUGAUUGGCAAAAUCAAAGAACAUCUACCUGUAAGUUACUACCUAUCUCACCAAGGACAGAGUAUUAUUAGCGCCUUGCUCUUCUCCACGGCCCUGUGGUUUGCACUCAUCAUGACCAUGCGUUAUAUACUAAAACAACUCCUAUCGUACCAUGGCUGGAUGUACGAGCAGCAUGGCAAGAUGUCAGCCACCACCAAGUUAUGGUUGACUUUAGUGAAGAUUUUCUCUGGCCGUAAGCCCAUGCUUUACAGUUACCAGGCGUCCCUUCCUCGCCUUCCUGUUCCAAAAGUUAAAGACACAAUGCAAAAGGCGUCAGGGGAUCUCCCGGAUGAUUAUCGUUUUGAGAUUCUUCAAUCGAUAACGUAA